GCCAGCCAUUCUGUGUGAUGCCCUCGUAGUGAUUGAUGCAGCCGUCUACAGCCAUGUACCGGUUGAACCGCAGGCUGCCUCUCCCGGUGCUGUCAUGGUUACUUUAACGGACAUCUCCACUAACGUUCCCCCCCUCCGGUAACUCCCGUUUCACGCGCUCGAGCCUCCGCCGGGGCUCGCGAGCAGCUGUACGGUGCGUCGCGGCGGCGCCUCCGCGGUUGAACGGCGGCAGGAGGAUGGCUCUGCGCUGGACUGUGUCUCCGUGUUCCUCCGCGGGGCUCCGUUAAGGUUUCUUUUUUUGAAUUAGCUGCUAGCUUGAGGCUAACGACGGAGACUGGUGUGGGAGCGAGGACGGAGCGCGGCGCUCGGACUAUGGGACCGGAGGUUUGAAGAGCUCGGAUCAUAUUGGCUCCACGGCCAGCCAGGUGGCCAAUCACGUGACAGCAAGGUUCCCUGAGGAGGGAGACCAACAGUGAGACCCUUUUACCACACCCGGUUCACCCGUUCCACUCCAUCAUCACUGCCAUGUCCUUACCUAGUGGCAGCCCAGAACGAGAAGGCCCUGUUGGGGCUCUCCCUCAGCUAGAGUGCCCUUCUUCCCCUCCCGGCAUGGACCCAGACCCCUCAUCCACAGGCAGCCCGGUGCUCAGCCCAGACUCCUCUUCCCACGAUGCAGCGCUGUCAGCACCAGCAGCCUCUCCAGCGGACUCGGAGAACCUGAGUCCUGAUGAACUGGAGCUGCUGGCCAAACUGGAGGAACAGAACAGGUUACUGGAGGCCGAUUCCAAGUCCAUGCGGUCGAUGAGCGGCUCCCGGCGCAACAGUGGCUCCUCACUGGUUUCCAGCUCCUCAGCCUCCUCCAACCUGUCACACCUGGAGGAGGAUACCUGGAUCCUGUGGGGUCGCAUUGUCAACGAGUGGGAGGAGUGGAGACGCAAGAAGGACAAACUACUGAAGGAGUUAAUCAGGAAGGGCAUCCCUCAUCAUUUCCGGGCCAUCGUCUGGCAGCUGCUAGGCAACGCCACUGACAUGCCGGUGAAGAACCAGUACUCUGAGCUGCUAAAGAUGUCCUCCCCCUGCGAGAAGCUCAUCCGUAGGGACAUUGCCCGCACCUACCCCGAGCAUGAGUUCUUCAAAGGCCAGGACAGCCUGGGGCAGGAAGUCCUCUUCAAUGUCAUGAAGGCAUAUUCUCUGGUGGAUCGAGAGGUGGGCUACUGCCAAGGCAGUGCAUUCAUCGUAGGCUUGCUCCUAAUGCAGAUGCCCGAGGAGGAGGCCUUUUGUGUGUUUGUGCGUCUGAUGCAAGAGUACCGUCUGAGGGAACUGUUCAAGCCCAGCAUGGCGGAGCUCGGCCUCUGCAUCUACCAGUUUGAAUAUCUGCUGCAGGAGCAACUUCCAGAGCUGAACGUCCAUUUCCGGUCCCAGAGUUUCCAUACAUCUAUGUACGCAUCAUCCUGGUUCCUCACCCUUUUCCUCACCUUCCUCCCUCUGCCUGUCGCCACUCGCAUCUUUGAUAUUUUCAUGUAUGAGGGUCUAGAGAUUAUCUUCCGCGUGGGCCUGGCCAUCCUGCAGUACAACCAGACUGACCUCAUUCAGCUGGACAUGGAGGGCAUGUCGCAGCAUUUCCAGAAGGUGAUCCCCCACCAGUUUGACAGCUGUACCGACAAACUGAUCCUCAGGGCCUACCAGGUCAAAUAUAACCCCAAGAGGAUGAAGAAACUUGAGAAAGAAUACACCACAAUCAAGAACAAAGAGAUGGAGGAGCAGAUUGAGAUCAAGAGAUUACGCACAGAAAACCGGCUGCUGAAGCAGAGGAUUGAGACGCUGGAGAAGGAGAGCGCUGCUCUGGCAGACAGACUGAUUCAGGGUCAGGUGACGAGGGCACAGGAAGCAGAGGAGAACUAUGUGAUCAAGCGUGAGCUGGCAGUGGUGAGGCAGCAGUGCAACACGGCCAACGAGAGCCUGGAGAAAGCGCAGGACACCAUCAGAGAGCUGCAGCAACAGAAGUACACAGAGCAGUUCGUGAGCAGUUUGCAGACCCAGCUGGAGCAGUCCAGACUACGAGAGGCCGACCUGCUCGGAGCGAUGAAGGAGAUGCAAGACAAGGUGCUUGACCUGGAGAAGAGGAGCAGUUGCCUGCCUGAUGAGAACAACGUGGCAGCUCUGCAGGAGGAGGUGAAGCAGAUGAAGCUGAGGGAGCUGGAGACGCUGCGCUCCUUCAAAGAGAUGCAGGACAACGUCACUGAGCUCAACCAGCGCUGGCAGCAUCACAUGUCCCGUGGCAGCAGCACAGGUGGCCACUGGAAGGAAUCCCCGAAGAAGAACGCCAUGAACGAACUGCAGGACAAACUGAUGACGAUCAGACUGAGGGAGGCGCAGGCUCAGGCUGAGCUCCGAGAGGUCAAACUAAAAUCCCUGCAGCAGGAGAGCCAGAACCAAAUCAACGGCAAGCUGAUUGGUCGCAAUGAGCAGGAACGCUCCGCACUGCAGGACCGGCUCCAGAUGCUAGCCAAUCAGAACAAAGCUCUCCAGGGCCAACUCAAUGAGAUGAAAAGGAAGCAGGCCGAGUUCGACUGCAAGAGUAAAGAGGAGGUGAUGGCGGUGCGACUGAGGGAAGCAGACAGUAUGGCUGCCAUGGCUGAACUCCGGCAGAGAAACGCUGAACUUGAGAUACAGAAGGAGGAAGGGCUGAUCCAGGGCCAGCUGAACCACUCCGACUCUAGACAGUACAUCACCCAGCUCCGGGACCAGAUUGCUGAGCUCAAGAACGAGAUCAGACAAAUGCGAGGGCAAAGGUUGGCUCCCAGCUCUGGCAUCAGUAGCGGAGGCCUAAGCACCAACUACCAGGAUCUCUGCCUGGCCAGCCCCGCCUCUGCCGAGGGGGACUACCUGAGCUCAGACGACGAUCUUCUCCCCAGCCCGCUGCCUCCCAACGCACUCUACCCCACCCUGUCUGGUCCGUGUCACCCAUCGGACCGCCUCGACAGCGAGGGCAGCACGGACAGCGAGGCGGAGGAGCGCAUGCGGACACACCCGGACCCACAGCAGCUGUACGGCAGCAUGGUGUGCGCAGAGGGGCUGGAUAAUUGAACAUCUGGAGGGGGUGCGAAGAUUCCUAUGGGAUUUCUUUGACCUAAAGAGACGCUGGGACUCUACAGGACAGGACUGCCUCUGUAAACCAGAACUGUUCUAUCCAAUCCAGUCCUCCUCCGCAGCUUUUCCAGUGUUUAUCUUUUACUUUAUGCAGACAUAAUGGCAUUGAUCAGACCUCAGUUGGUGGUCACUACCUGUAGUCUCCAUUCCUGUGACUGCCUCCUCCACCCUGUUCCCCCCCACUGACCGUACCCUGUCCAACGAGGUCGUAUAAAGCCUCUCUCCUUGUUCCUAUGUGUAACUGUUUUCUUGCCAUAUCCAUCCAAACACAAAUGUACACAAAAAAAACUCUGGACUAACAAGACUGAUGCUGCUCGCUGCUUGAGAUCAACACCGGGACCUGAUCCUGUGACCAUGACGAGGAAUGAAUCAUGGGUAGACAGAUAGAACUUGUCUCUUUCCCUGUAAACUGAAUAACAGACACUGUAUCCUCUGUCUACCCUUAUAUAACUCUCUGUCCUGAUUGGUUCAGUAUUACAUCCAUCUUAAUUGUUUCCCCUUAUAAUGCCUUUCUUUAGAAAGACACACAUCCAUCUUCACUGCCUUCAUAAAAACAAACAAUCUGCCAUCAAUUCACAAAAGAAAAUUCAAAAUGUCGACGAGAAAUGAAGGUACAGUGUAUGAACAUGUACACAUCAAACUGUGGGGUUAUCACAAGGUGAUCCGUGAACACUUUGACAUUACUCCAUCUGUGUCUGUGGCAACAAGAAGGCAAGCGAGUUCAUACGAAAACUCAUAUUCAUCAUAAACCACAAAAAAGGAAGGAAGAUACCCAAUGUUGCCAAAUCUUUUGUUUUUGAAUUAUUUAUGUUGUAACUUAUUUUAAUAUUUUUUUAUUUUUUUAUAUAUCUAAAUGAAACUAGGAGCGUAGAGAUAACCUACAGAGGCCAAACUUUCUACAGCAUCCUUUGUGCCAACUACUACAGUUCUACUGUGACACCGAGUGUUUCUGAGAUGGGAAAAGUGCUGCUAUGAUUUUACAUUUAGCUUCUUCCAUUUUCUUUUUAUUAUUUCAUCUUAAUCUGUGUGAGCAGUCUAACGUGUUAUCUCCCUGGAGCUUCUCAGUAUUUAUCCAUCAAAACCAAUAACUGGUUGCAUCUGUGUGAGCUGUUGAACAUUUUGGGAAAUAAGUUUAUUCACUGUCUGAGAGAUAAAAGAGCUGCAGGGAUAGAUGGUUAUUUCUAUAACUUACACACAGUAAGUAGUAAGUAAGUAGUCCAGCACACCACUACCACACCCUUCAUUACACCCCAAUUUGUUUGUACACCACAAUUUGCCAACAUCAUUCCAGACAAAGUGAGGCAGCUUUUUUUUUUACAUCUUAAUCUACUAAUCACUAAAUAACUAUUGAGCAUUAGUUAGCUGCCCCCAUUUCAGAGAAUUUCAAGAAUAGUCAAUAUUAUUACGAGAAAAAAUGUCAGCAUUUAAUAAGGAUAAAGUUGUAUUUUUUUUUUUAAACCUAUACAAAAGUAUUACUUAAGAACCUCUACAUUCCUCAUUUUCACACCGACGACAUUGAUCUUUUGAUAUUCCCCCUUAGAAUGGGACAUAGCCUAAAAUUCUGACUUUUUUUCUCAUAAUAUUACAACUUUAUUCUCAUAAUAUUGCGAUUUUAUUCUCAUAAUAUUAUGACCUUAUUCUUGAAAUCUCCUCUUUAAGUGGCUCUGAUACUCGUCGUAAUAAACAGACUUGAGUGUUAUGAAUAAUUGUAUUUCCCAAAAUUUCAGACUAUACCUUUUAACUGUCAGUGUCCCACAGAAGCAAAAAGAAUAAUCCAGGUAUCUGUGCUGAUGUGGAAUCACCAGCUCAUGCGCUCAUAUCACUUUGGGACAGCUAACUGGAAACUGCAGCAUGUGGCCCAAUGAAAGUGGAGAGAGUCGAUCAUAUUGUAACGAUGCCAAACAAAAAGGCUGACAUCAUGACUGGAGAGUGUGUGGGUGGGAAAUAUUUUACAUAUCAAACAAUAAUAUAUUCUGUGUAGGGGGAAAAGGGUGUAAAAUGUAUGGAGAAAUAUGAGGUAUACGGUGUGACAGGAAGAAAAGUAUAUAGAUGAUAUUUAAAGCUGUAUCACUGUCAGUCAAGUCAGAUUGUGAGGAGAAGAGUCUGACAGGAUGUUGUAUGAAGAACAACGAUCUCUGCUCUUUGCACAACAGAGAGAGAAACUCUGCUCUGGACAUUCAGCAGUGAGAUGUGGUGCGGACUCAUGGUGGGAUCAUUUCUUUACUUUACGGACGGACCUUAACGUUUACUUCAUUCUGAGAUGAACCAUCCUGACUUCGUACUGUGCUUCAUGUUUUCAUCGGACUAACGAUUUUCCCUAAAUUCUCAUCAGGUCCACUUCAUGCUUCACUGUUCUGGCAUUUUUGUGCAGCAGUAAUGAACGAACAGUAAGGAACAGAGGAUUAAUGCAAUCUUCUCUGAAACAAGGAAAUAGGAUCUUCCAGUAAUGGCCAUUUAAAAAGUAAAGAGGAUGUUCGUUUGCCCACCAUUAUGUUGCAAAUAACAGCCUUUUAGUGGUCAUUGGUGGGUUUAGCAGCUGAAAUCUGUACACUGGAAUCAGUGUUUGCGUAUCAUCAGACCAUAUCAUAUGUGUUGUAUUCAUCAUUUCACUUCAGUUCCUUAGAGUUGUUAGUAUGUACAGAACAAGAUUUAGGCCGUUAAAUCGUUUACUUUGGCUGAAAGAGUUGUAAUCCUUCACAUUUUUACCCAUUUGUGAUUAUAUCUUUUCCCCAGCAAAAUCUAUCCAGUGUGGGUACAUUUUGUCUACUACUCGUACUACCAAGAUUCAAAAGAUUAACAGAAAAUAUACUGGGUCUGAUGCGGGGGACACAAGUCAGGCAUGUUUUUCACGUCAUCUUUGUCGCAAAACAGUAGGUGGGUUUGCAUCCACGUGUUUGAACAUGAGCAAGUUAAAAAUCAAAAUACCUUCAGUGAAAAGAUAUCUCAAAUUCAUUUUUGAGUGAGUUGGGAAUGUUUGCGUGUAGAUUAACACAAAGUGUGACCAAGUGUGAUGGAAACAGUGAAUAAAUCAUGAUAUACAUAUUCCCUGUGUUGAUACAUGAAACUAACAUAAAUACUGUAUCUCCAUGUUUUCUAAAUAGUUUUUCACAGAUUGAGGUUUGACUGUUGCUCUUUCAACAACAUCAUCUCAUUGCACCAACCUUUCUUCUCCAGUGGUUUGAUUUACUGGCUUUUAACUGGACAAUUACAGCAUUUUUUUUUUUGCUUUCUCUUUUGGCUCUGUAAACGUGACUAUUGUAGACAUUUUUUUUUGUUUUCUUUAUUUUUUAAAUAUUAAGGUGGUCAAUUAAUCCCAUUAUUUGUUUGUCUGCACUGUAAGAAAUUGCCCUUCUGUUGCAUUUCAGAGGGCCAUUUAAAGCAUUUUUCAGUCUUUGUCAUGACCAACAGUAACAAUAGGUUUUGCCAAAUCUACCAUAAAUGAACACUUGAAGUUAAUAUAAUAAUGUUAUAAUACUAGAAGGGAACUCAACAAAGUGCAUACCUGCCAAGGCCCACAUGAAACCACAUUUGAAUUCACUAGAUCCUGGUUUUUAUUUGGAUCUGUUCCAAAUUUCAUACAUUCAGAAUUAUCAGUCCUUUUAACAUGUCUGAUUCUUUUCAUCAAGAUCCAUAAAUUGUUCAAUGAGAAAUCAACUAAAGUGAAAAGGGAAAAAUGUUCCUGGAUCUGACAUCUGAUCGGGAUCCACAAGAAUUGCGCUGUAGCACAUCCUCCCACCAAGUUGCAUGGUAAUCCAUUCAGUAGUUUCUGCCUAAUCCUGCUAAAAAAGAGAUUUAGAGGUAAUCAUUUGAUAUUUCUAUUUGGAUAUCAGUGAUAAACUACACAGUGACUUACAAAGAUAUUAUAUAACCAAUCUGGACCAGAUCAGUGCUUAAACAACUCAUCUGUACACUGCUGCUCAGUGAUGGUGCUCUGUUUUCACCACUGUCUAAAUACAACUGUCUCUCGACUGUGACGUGACAUUUUGAAGUGUUUGUGAAUUACCUUUGAUGAGCUCACAUCCUUUUCUAUUGUUUUUACAUCACCAUCAGUACUUUGUUUUUCUCCUGCUAAGAUGAUGAGGAUCAAAACAUUACAAGCAUAAUGUGCCAUAAAAGUAGGUAGAUUUACACUCUAUGCUAAAAGUCUUGAUGUAAUAAAGGUUUCAUCAACAAGUCAGCCACUCCAGCUGUUCAUUAAAAAGCGUUGUAAUAUAAGGUUAAUUCAGCGUGGAUUGAAAUAUGAUCGCCCUCCACGUGUUCAAUGUGGGAAAUGCGACGCAGCACCAAACGACAGAAGCAUUUUCCUCACAGACCGUUCUCCUCCUGGUUAGUCUGGUGUAGGAUUUUUUCUCCUGUGCUGCGUGCGACAUCCACGGCAUCAUACCCGACCUUGUCCACCCUCUCUCUCCAGCAGUUCAGCUGAUGUUGUUGUCAAAUAUAUUAAAUGACAGUAAAGAUUAUAUAAAUUCCUGUUGAUGGGGGGGGGAAUACAUUUCAGUGUUCUGUAUCCUGCAAAAUGAUACAAAAUAAACUUUGACAUUGCACCUUU